GGACCGACCAAACCAGAGCGGCAUUUUGGUUCUUGAGGAGUUCUCUUGGCGGCGACGAUGGCGGGGGACGCAGCGGCGAACCCCGUGGCAGCGGCGGAGGCCGCGGUGGCGGAGGGCGUGAAGAAGAUUCAGAUAUACUCGUCCUCAUCGUCGUCCUCGUCAGCUAGGCAAGUGACUCCUUUUUGGAAAGAGAAGUAUGAAAGGGAUGCCAAGAAAUACUGGGAUAUCUUCUACAAGCGACACCAAGACAGGUUCUUCAAGGACCGACAUUACUUGGACAAAGAAUGGGGCCACUAUUUCUUGGCUGAUAAGGAUGGCAAAAACCUUGUUGUUUUAGAGGUUGGUUGUGGAGCUGGAAACACAAUUUUUCCUUUGGUUGCAACAUAUCCAUAUAUCAUUGUUCAUGCCUGUGAUUUUUCGUCACGUGCCAUUGACUUAGUGAAGGGACACAAAGACUUCUCAGCCGAUCGCAUUAAUGCAUUUGUUUGUGAUCUCACAGUGCAAACCCUCAGUGAGAUAAUUGAACCUUCUUCUGUCGACAUUGUAACCAUGGUUUUUGUGUUGUCCGCAGUUUCUCCGGAGAAGAUGCCUUUGGUGCUACAUAAUAUAAGGAGAGUUCUUAAACCAAAUGGUCGUGUACUUUUCCGUGAUUACGCCACUGGUGACCUUGCGCAGGAAAGGCUCACUUGCAAAGAGCAGCAGAUUAGUGAGAACUUCUAUGUCAGAGGUGAUGGAACACGUGCUUAUUACUUUUCCAAAAAAUUCUUGGCAAAUCUCUUUAUGCAAAAUGGGUUUAGUGUCGAGGAAGUUAGCAUCUGCAGUAAACAAGUUGAGAAUCGCUCGUUGGAAAUAGUGAUGAAUAGGCGUUGGAUUCAAGCCGUCUUCUGCAACAGAUCUUUGGUCCAAAUGCAUGAAAACAUGUCGAUCACCGAGAAAUUUUUGAACAAUUACGAUGAUACAGAAGUUGACGUAUCUGACAGUAUUGCUGACAUGUUUGGCAUGUCACCACCUGCUGAUGAGGUUAUCAAGAUUGAAGUGAAAGACUACAGCUUUAAGAUAAAAGCACUUGCUAAAGAAUAUCAACAUACCUGCAAAUCUACUGGACUUAUGAUAUGGGAAUCAGCUCAUCUAAUGAGCAACUUAUUGGCAGAAAACCCUUCAAUUGUUGCAGGAAAGAAGAUGUUGGAAUUGGGUUGUGGCUCUGCUGGUAUCUGCUCAAUGAUUGCUGCUCAGUUGGCAGAGGUGGUGGUCUCUACUGAUGGAGAUACAGAAGCUCUUAGCCUUCUAAGAGAGAAUAUCAUAUCAAACUUAGAAACAAGUUUGCUUAAUAAAAUUGUGGUUAAGAGGUUACUCUGGGGAAAUACCGAGGACAUCAAAGCCAUCAAGGAUCUUUGUGGACAUAGUGGAGGUUUUGAGAUUAUCAUAGGGACUGAUGUAACUUACAAUUAUGAUGCUAUUUCACCUCUGUUUGAGACAGCAAGAGAGCUGAUAAGCAACCGGGAAAAUGGGAAUUGCAAGCCAGCCCUUGUAUUAUGCCACAUUCAAAGAAGAGUUGAUGAAAGCUCAAUAAUUUCCACUGCAUUGCACUUUGGUUUUGAGCUUGUCGAUAGGUGGGUUAAUGGAAUGCAUUCGAGUCAUGGUGGUAUCAUCAACUCUUGGUUCGUCGAAGGUGCUGGUUACAUGAGUUUCUUCAAGAAUACGCCACUGGCUAUCUUGUAUUUUCAUGCCUGAGAAACACUCUCUUGCAUGCAUUACAUAGUCUUUCGUCAGUGAGAUUCACUUGACGGAGUAGGAGCAUCGUGGAAGUAAUUGUGCUCAGUAUUGGCCUAUAUGAAGCUAAAUUCUGACUUCAAUCAUUGUUGAUCUGCAAAUCGCCAUUGUGGACUUGCAUGAAGCCAAUUCUGUGUUUUGCACGAGAGAAGUUAGUUUUGAGAUAGCUGAAUGUUCAGGUUUAUAGAACUAUUUCUACUAUUCCUUUUAACUUUCUCUGUGCUUUGGAAGUUUGUUUUGAGUUCCAAAAUGACAAAUGCUGGCCUUGCAAAACAGUUUCUGUUUGUAAAAUGUCGGAUGAAACUUUGGUAAGUUUAAUUUACCACCAUCAGAUUAAUAUUUUAGUUGUGAAAAAUCGAUCAACAUCAAUGAAAUUUUAUGAAUAAUUUUCAAA